AUGGGGUUGAUCUCUCCAACAGAACUGGAGAUGGAGCGGACGCUCGCCUCCAGCGACUAUAGCUUGGUGUGCCGUUCGCCCAAAACUGCACCUCAAGUUGUAAUGGUGAUGCGCAACUGCUCCAACUCUGCUAGGUCCAUGUCUGGUCGAGUCUUGCUGUAUUUGGACCCAACUGCAGAGAAGAGGCAGUUGAGAAUCCUCUCUCUGGAAACCAUAAGUGAGAGUUUUUCUCAGCAGCUGGUGGCAAAAGAUGAAGAGAUAGCGUCACUAAGGAGACAGCUGAAUAUGAUAAGAGGGAAGAGUGAUGCCCACCUGCUGGAACAGAUCGACCGCUAUGUUAGAGAAAAGGAAAACACAAAGAAAUUGAUUCAGGCUUUUGAGACUAAGAGAGAAGAAGUCAAGAACAAGCUGGUGAUUCUCUCUGACAGAUGCCAGGAGAUGGAAGCCAAAGUUGAAGAUUACCAGAACUCCAAUUCCAAUAUCCUUCUGACAAUGUUCAGCAAUAACCUGAAAGAUGCCUUGGAGAAGAACAAGCAGUGGGUGGCGUAUGACCAGCAGAGAGAGGCCUAUAUGAAGGGAAUUCUGGACAGAAUGUCAUGGCUGGAGAAGCAGCUGAACCAAGCCAACCAGGCCCCCUCAGAGCAGUACAAUGAGGCCCAUUCACAUGAGGAGGAUAUAAUGGCUCAGAUGCAAGAGCACUAUGAAAAUCUCCUAUUUAAAGCGAAACAACAGCUAGAAGUGCUCAGGGAGAAGGUCAGCAUGGCCUACUGUGACCCAGAUGAGAUGCUGUUGAGGUUUGAGGAGAAGCAAAGACAGGUGGAUGAGCUCAAACAGGAGCUGCAGGAGGAGAGCUUGAGUAAAAGGAAGAGUGCAGAGGAAGCUAAAAGAGAAAGCAGGCUUAGAGCAAAGGCCAAAGAGCUCCAGGACAGACUGGCUAAGGAGAAGCACAGGUCAACUGAGCUCCUAUUACAGGUGAAUCUCCUUCGGGUGCACCUCCGGGAGGACCAAAAAAAGAUGGCAAUCCUUGGGCAGCAGAUCCAAGUAUGUUCCGAAGACCUUAAAGAUGAGAAAGAAGAUUGCCUGUAUUUACAAAAACAUCUACAGAGAGUUCUCAAGGAACUGCGUAAGACAAAAGGCCAUGAAGCAAAACUGUCUGAGGUGGAUGCCAGCUCAUAUGAGGCCAGUUCUCACAACAGACAUGUACCCUACAAGCCCCCCAGAGAGAAUGUGACGUCUUUUCAAAUCCCUAACCUGUUAGACGAAAGCUUCCUGGAGUGUCCAGGCUGCCAGGCACAAUACCCAACCAGCAAACACCGAGAACUGCUGGCUCACCUAGAUUACUGCCUAGGGUGCUAG